AAUGGCCAUAUAGAGAUUGUUAAAACUUUGUUAAAAAAUGGAGCUAAUGUCAAUAUUAUUGAUGAUAAAUAUACAGCAUUAAACUGGGCUGCAAAGAAUAGCCACAUAGAUAUUGUUAAGAUUUUGAUAAGGCAUGGAGCUAAUGUAAAUGCUAUCGAUAAGGAUAAAUAUACAGUAUUAGACCGAGUUGCAGAGAAGGGUCACAUAGAGAUUAUUAAGGCGUUGAUAGAACGUAAAGCUAUUGUAAGUCGUAAUGCAUUAUACUUAGCUGCCAAAGAAGGUCACACAGAGGCUCAUAGUAUACUACAUUAUGCUGCAAAAAACGAACAUGUAGAAGUCGUUAAAACUUUGUUAGAGCAUGGUGCUCAAGGGAUACACAGACGUUGUUGUAAAAAAUAUCAAAUUGACAAUAUUAAUGCUGCUGAUACAAAUGGCAAAACAGCAUUGCAUUUGUCUGCAGAAAAUGGACACAAAGAUAUUGUUGAGAUUUUGAUAAACUAUCAAGCUGAUAUUUCUAUUGGAGAUAAAAACGACAAAACAUCAUUACAUUUAGCUACAAAAAAUGACCACACAGCUAUUGUCAAUAAAUUAAUAAACAAUAAAGCUGAAGUUGAUACUAUUGAUAAGGAUAAUCAUACACCAUUGUUUUAUGCAGCUGAAAGUGGCAGUGAAAAGUUAAUUGAUAUUUUAAUAAAGUAUAAUGCAAAAGUUAAUAAUAUCUCCGUAUUGCACAAGGCUGCUGAGAAUAGUAAACCGGCAGCUGUUGAAACUUUAUUAAGAUAUAAUGCAGAUAUUAAAAUCAGUAAUAAGAAUGGUGAAACUACUCUACACAAGGCUGCAUUUUAUGGUUAUCGAGAAGUUGUUAAAAUUUUAAUCAAAUAUAAAGCUGAUGAUAAAGCUGUUAAUAAGAAUAAUUGGACAUUAUUGCACUUUGCUGCUGCUGAAGGGCAUACAAACAACGGUCAUUUGGGAGUUGUUAAACAUUUACAAAAAAAAGGAGCAAAUUUUUAUGUCAAGAACAAAUAUGGCUGGAUGCCAUUACAUAUAGCUGCAAUCUACUGUCAAGUUAAAAUUUUUAAAUCUCUAAAUGUAAAUCUUUACUAUUUAACAAAAGAUCUAAUUAAAAGGUUAGAUCAUCUAGAAACUGAAUUCAAAAGUGAUAAUGAUUUUGAUUUCUUUUAUCAGUUUUUAUCAAAGUAUAUAGAAAAUUUUACAAAACAUCUUGAUAAGAAAAAAAAUGAUAAGAAAAAAAAUUUUCCACAAUGUAAAAAAGUACUUAGCUAUUUAUACAUAUGUACUUUUACUAAGAUUUGUAAUUUCAAAUCUGCGUUAGAAUCUAAUUUGAUAAUUGACAUAGAUGGAUAUUUUGAUGUGAUAGAAAAUAAUAUAAAAUUACUGCAAAAGUCAAGCAAACAAGAUGCAACUCAUAUUAAUAUCAUAUAUAAUUAUAUACAAGAUUAUGAUCAAUUAAAACUUGCAGACUAUAUCUCAAAUAUUAAUUUGUCAAAAGGUACUGAAACAAUGGAUGAAGAACUAAAAAAUGCUAUCGAAAGACUAGAAUUAAAAAUAAGAACCAACAUUAUACUUUGGCAUUUUAAAAAAGCUAUUGAUGCACUCAAGCAAUGGAUAUUUCUAUAUGCAUGUAUGUAUCCAGAUGUAUUAAGUCCACCGUUAGAUUAUACUAGUAAUGGUGUUAACAAGAUUAUAGAGAAAAUAAAAAAUCUGAGAUCAAAAGUUCAAGAACAUUAUGUUUUUAUUAACAACAGAAAGGACAAAUAUUUAAUGGAUAAAGAAUUCAAUAGUGAAUAUGAAUCUUCAGAACCAUUUUUUAUAUGGAAAAACAAAAAAUAUGAUAAUGAAAUAUCAAAAUUAUUAAAUGGUGAAAAAGUAAUUAUAAAUGCAGAUAUAAGAGAAAGCAAUCCUGAAAAAAGUGCAAUCAAGUUUAAUGAGAUAGAUAUCAGACUUAAAUCAAUAGAUAAAACAUUGCAAAAUGAAAUUGAUAAUGAACUUAAAUGCUUCAAUAUUACUAUAGUUCAUUUAGGCAAAUCAUAUUAUAGAUAUAAGGAUAGGUUUUAUGUAAUAAGAAAUGAUGAACAAAGUAUUGAAUAUAGUUUUGAAAAAAACAAAAACUGGAGAGCCAGUUAG